AUGCGUCGAGCAGCUGUCAAAGCGUUCCGCACUGCGCGUCUUACUGGUCUUCGAAGUCGCAUUGGGCAGUUACCCUCCUCAACCUAUGUUCUAGGCAUCAGACACGCAUCAGGACCCGGCACCACUCCAUCAAAGGAAGCGACAUCGUCCAUGUACAUUCGCCGCGUUUCGGUGGCAUUCUUAUCUGGCCUGGUGGGUUAUGGGGCUUGGUAUACAUACAAAGGCCAGACUGGAGAUCUAGUACCCCGCGAACAAUCGAGUGCAACACUGGCUCAACAGUCCCGGGGUCUGUCGACCUCUCCUACAUAUUCGUUCCCACAGCCAGCACAAACUGCGGAAGAAGUCGAGAGGAAAGCUGUGAUUGUUGGGGCGGAUUCGCUGUACACCAGCCUAGUUCCUGGCAACGAGCCAAUUACCAAGGAUACGGAUGGCGCAGGAAGGAAAGUGCUGGAGAUGUUGACGCCAGAACAAGCUACGCAGAAGCUGCGCAGAAGUGAGGAGUCAUAUCUGAUUGGGAGAGGGAAGGGUGUUGUGAGAUAUGAUGUGGUCCAAAUACCCAGCAAUGAUCCUAUUGAGGACGACCAUUCGGAAAAAAUAAUUGAGCUGCCCGAAGCACUGGCAACUGCUACUGCAGCAAGAAAUCCUGGCAGUGAUUGGAUGUUCUGGGGUGUUUUCGAUGGCCAUUCGGGCUGGACUACAUCGGCAAAGCUGCGACAAGUCUUAAUAAACUUUGUUGCUAGAGAACUGAAUUCUACAUACAAAGCAGCUCUUGCUGACCCAGCUCUUGGGUCACCCUCAUCUGAAUCGAUUGAAUCCGCUAUCAAGACAGGAUUCAAUCGACUUGACCACGAAAUCGUUCACGAGAGCGUUGAGAAGGUUUUAAAGGCAAAUUCCAAGCUCGUUGCCGCCGAACUUCUUGCGCCUGCUCUAUCUGGAUCUUGUGCUCUCCUUUCAUUCUACGACAGUAACAGCAAACUUCUACGAGUCGCCUGCACAGGAGACUCUCGGGCUGUGUUGGGGCGCCGAAGUGAGAACGGGAAAUGGACUGCCAGUGCGCUUUCUGUUGACCAAACAGGCGGCAACCCAGAUGAAGAAGCCCGGAUGCGCAAACUCCACCCUGGAGAAGACAACGUUAUCCGAAACGGCCGUGUUCUAGGAGGCCUCGAGCCAACUCGUGCCUUUGGUGAUGCGAGUUAUAAGUGGUCUCGUGAAGUCUCAGAACGCUUGAAGCGAUCUUUCUUUGGCCGAACACCGUCCCAGCAUCUUCGCUCGCCACCCUAUGUUACCGCGGAGCCUGUUGUCACAACUACCAAGAUCGAGCCUGAGAAGGGUGAUUUUGUUGUGAUGGCUACCGAUGGUCUUUGGGAAAUGCUUACGAAUGAAGAAGUUGUUGGCUUGGUCGGACAGUGGAUUGAGAAGCAGUCUGCUGAGACUAGUGGCAAUUCGGCAAACUCGUGGAUCAAGAUGUUCUCGUCUCAACAAAAGGGCUUGCCGGUUGAGCAGGGUGCUAAAGGCAAGGUGAAGGAUGGUCAAAAGACGCCUAUUAGACAGCAACAGUGGGGUGUAACGGGUGGGGAGAAUGAGAGAUUCGUGGUACAGGACAAGAAUGUCGCAACUCACCUGGUGAGAAAUGCUCUCGGUGGAAAGGAUAAGGAUAUGGUAUGCGCGUUAUUAACGCUGCCGGCCCCAUAUUCGAGACGUUAUCGCGAUGAUUUGACCGUCGAGGUCAUCUUCUUCGGAAAUAGCGACAAGAGCGGCGACGUGGUUGUUAACAAAGAAGCAAGCGCUUCCGCCAAGGAGAUCAAGGCGAAGCUGUAA